AUGCCGUCGGCCAUUUCUCAAGAAACAGCCCCGUUGCCAAAAUGGAAACGACCGGCAAAGACCAAAUACGAGCUUCCGUGGGCAGAUAUUGCCGUGAUUGACAUUGGCAAAUUCGACCAGCCGGGCGGGAAGAAGCAGUUGGCCGAAGACCUCCGCCAAGCUGUCCACGAAACGGGCUUCUUCAGUCUCAUAAACACCGGCUUCACGCCGGAGGAAGUGCAGCGACAGUAUGACAUCGGGCAAGGGUUCUUCGGCCUCAAGACGGAGGACAAGGCAAGGCCAGGUAACACUUGUGACUUUGCCAAAGGCAAUUACUUUGGGUACAGACCGGCGCAUGAAAAGAAGAUGCAGGGCACCGACGUGCUCAACAACGUGGAGUCCGUGAACAUUGCCAAGUUCAUCGCGCAUUACCAGAACGAGCCUUUUCACCCGUUCUUUGAGCCUUUCCGCAAGGAAAUUGAGGACUUCUCGAGACGCUCACUCGAGCUGGCGAGCAAAGUCUUCACCCUGUUCUCAAUCAUCCUCGAGCUCCCCGAGGACUACUUCUCCUCCCGUCACGCCUACGAGUCCCCCAGCGAGGACCACCUCCGCUACAUGGGCUACCACCCGCGGCCGCUGGCCGACGACCUCAAGGUCGCAAACACCUGGUCGCGGGCCCACACCGACUUCGGCUCCCUGACGCUGCUCUGGAGCCAGGACGUCGCCGGCCUGCAGAUCAAGACGGCGGCGGGCGACUGGCGCUACGUGCCGCCCGUCGACGACGGCAUCGUCUGCAACGUCGGCGACACGCUCGACUUCUGGUCCGCCGGCUACCUCAAGUCCACCACGCACCGCGUCGUGCGGCCGCCCGAGGACCAGGCCCACCUGUUCCGCCAGGGCCUGUUCUACUUCGUGCGGCCCGGCGACGACGUCGACAUCAAGCCGGCGCCGUCUCCGCUGCUGAAGAGGCUCGGGCUCGUGCGCGAAGACGCCGAGGACGCAGAGCCGGUGCGGGGGCUGCAGUACGUGAGGGAGCGCGUGAGGAACUACCACGACCACAACGACUACGCAGACAUGAAGGGCAAGAAAUUCAAAGUCGGCAACUUGGAGAUUGAGGACGAGGCGGCCUGA